AUGGAGGCGGUGUGCGCAAGCGGCGACACGGCGUGCGAGGUGCGCGCGCUGGCCGGUGCGCUGCACUCGCUCAACCUGUACUGCGCCUCCAUCAGCGCCGCGCUCAUGUGUUGCUGUGCGCCCAUACACAAGCACUACAGGCAUUCAAAACGAUGGCGAGGACAGAAUGUACGUGGAAUAGCAAGCCUUGUGCUGGGAGUAGCCUGGUGUUGCGAUGCUGCCGCGGCACUACUGCGGCCCGCAGACACGGUGCGGCUCGUAGCAGCGCUAAUGGCACCCUGGUCGUGGCUCGCAGCCGCCGCUUUCCAUGUAGCCCUGUGGACCCGACGCUCAGCAGCUCCCAUCCUCUACCUCUCCAUAUACUGGAUGCUCGCUACGAUCUCCGCCGGGACCAUCCUAUGGCAGCACUUUAUCAAGGGGGCUGCCACUAAUCACGUAGAGUUAUAUGUUCAAGGCGUGUCCCUGUUGAUGACAUUACUGAUAUCUACAGUUGACUGCGUCUGUUUUUAUGACGAGGUGACGAAACGCUUUAGAAAUGAUCUGAAAUCAAACCCCGAUAACAUCUGCUACAAACACAAUGACACACAUUUUUAUUCUAAGAUAUCAUUCUUUUGGUUAAAUUCUUUGUUGAAAAAAGGAUAUAAGUCACCAUUGGAACCAGACUAUCUAGGGGAACUACCAGAAGAUGAACGAUCCGUGAAAUAUUAUAAAGAAUUUGUUAAAAUAUAUAAAAACCUAGAGAAUUCACAUGGUAAAGAUGAAAGUCCGAGUCUACUAUCGUGCUACAUUCGCAAAGUAUGGCCAAAUUUUUAUAUUGCUGGAAUAUUAAAACUAUUUGGCGAUCUGAUUGGUGUCGUGCCUCCCCUUGGACUAUCUGUCAUAAUUCAAUAUAUUGAAGAUCCUAAAAUAUACGACUCCAGUGCACAAGUGACUCUUGAAGAAUUCUUUAACAACGGAUAUGUUAUGCUGCUCAUCAUUACAAUGGCACUAAUUACCCAGGCAUUUUUAUCCCAGAAUUCAACACAUUUAGUGACGGUUGAAGGCACAAGAUUGAAAACGGCUUUACAAAGCAUGGUGUACGAUAAAUGUAUGAGGCUGGCUCCGUGGUCAUCUCCUGAGACUCGUGAUGACGAGGAGACAAGACUACUGCAUGACACCGAAGAUACCAACGCCACGAAGACUGGUCUCAUCACGAAUCUAGUCUCUCAGGACACGUAUAAUAUCAUGUCUUGUGUUUGGAUCUGUCAUUAUAUUUGGGCGAUACCUUUAAAGGUAGUCGUUAUAUUAUAUUUAUUAUACACAAAACUGGGUGUUAGUGCGAUUAUAGGCACCGCAGUGAGCGUGCUGGCAAUCACGCCGUUACAGUUUUAUAUCGGAAAAAAAUUAUCGGACAAUUCAAAAGAUAUCGCGAAAUGUACCGACCACAGGCUAUCUAAGAUGGCAGAAAUAUUACACGGCAUGGAUGUCAUAAAACUUUAUGUUUGGGAAGAUUUAUUCAAAGAGAAAAUAUUACAACUUAGAGAACUUGAAUUAAAACUACUAAACAAGGACUCUGUAUACUGGAGUAUUUUAACUUUCACAACGCAAAUAUCUUCAAUAAUAAUAACAGUAGUCACAUUUACCGUGUACUAUUUUAUUGACAGUAACAAUCGGUUAACGGCUACUAAUGUAUUCGCUGGAUUGGCAUUUUUUAAUCAGCUCACAGUCCCCCUCCUCAUACUGCCAGUUACAGUGCUAAUGGUGAUCCAAGCGAUGGUCAGUACGAAGAGAAUUACAGAUUUCUUGGAACUUCCUGAAUCAAACAAUGUUAAUGAAGAUAAUUGGGAGGAUCAGAAGAAUACAACGAAAGAGGAUCGAAAUAAGAAAAUUGACAAGAAUGAUAUUGACGAAAAUUAUGUAAUGCAUAACGACGAGCAAGAUAGUACUGAGUGUGUGGAUCAGUUUUCCGAUGAUGAAGUAUACACGGUGCCAGCCCGCAAAACCGAGUCUUUGGUUAAGUUUAGAAACGCAGCCUUCUCUUGGGGCAAGGGAAGUGACAUGUUGCUGGAGGUAGAUGACCUAGAUAUUCCGGCAGGAAAACUAAUCAUGGUCGUAGGUUCUACAGGGUCCGGAAAGUCAUCAUUGCUGUCGGCUAUACUUGGAGAAAUGUAUCUGGACAGAGGAGACGUCGUUUAUAACAAAUGCUGUUCUAUGUGGUAUGCAGGACAGCCGCCGUGGCUGCAGGAGGGCUCCGUGCGCAGUAACAUCGUUAUGGACGGCUCGUGGUGUCAGAGAAAAUAUGGGCGCGUUUUACGGGCAACCGGUUUGAGACCCGACCUGCAGCUUUUACCAGAGGGUGACGCCACUCGGCUGGGAAGCCACGGGGCGCCCCUGUCGGGAGGGCAGCGCAUCCGAGUGUGCGUGGCGCGGGCGCUGUACUCGGACGCGCGCCUGCUGGCGCUGGACGAGCCGCUGGCCGCGCUGGACGCGCCGCUUGCGCGACACUUGGUGGCGCGAGCGCUCGUGCCGGCCGCCAGGGCUGGCCGCACCGUCCUUGUUGCUACCAACAGACUUGAACUUCUACAUUACGCGGACCUGGUGAUAGCAAUGGAAGAGGGUCGCGUAUCGGGCGUGGGUCGCGGCGCGGCGUGUGAGGGUGCGCUGGCCCGUUGGGCGCGGUUGGCGGGCGAGGCUCGCGCGGCUGCGGCACGCGCCGGCGCCGGCCCGCCCGGCGGCACCGCCAGGGAACGUUCCCGCCUCGUACGCGCGCUCAGCAGGUCCUGGUACCAGCGGUGUAACUCUGACGAGACUACGGUGGGCAUUAGUGAAGCAGCAGGGGCUCACUUGCUGUCGGAAGUGCCGACAUGCGCAGGCGGUAGUUGGAGGCGCCGGGUUUCCUCCCACUCGCGGCCGGCACUAUCCAGGCAGCUGUCCUCGCCCCCACCGUCCAUGUACAACGCCAAGUGGCGUCCAGAUGUACGUCGCGCAGUGAGCGCCGAUGAAUCUAAUGCAGCCCUGCAAAGAGAGGCUAGCCUCCUGCGCCGGUUGUUAAAACCUAGGGGAUCACGCACUUUGAACAGAUGGACACCAAAAACAUUACGACGUCUAAUAAGCUCGGACUCUGAGACUGUUGUAGAAGAUAUUCAAAAUAACGAUGUGGUGGAAGAUUCGAUGGUUGAUACACCUUACAGUUCACUUACCUCUAAUGGCAUAGAUACCAAUAACACCAUCGUCGCCGAUAAUGACGACCCUGACGACUCGGACAAAUCUGAAAAUGUUAAUGAAAUGGCGAUAUGGUGGGAAUACGCUCGCGCGUGCAGAUGGUGGGGCGCCGUGUACUGGGCCGCCGCCACAGCCGCACAGGCGCUCGCCUUGGCAGCAGACUACUGGCUCACUUACACUACGUCGCAGAAUACGGAAAAUGGCUUCACCGACCAACAGACUUGGAGCGGCGUGCGCACGUACGCGCUGUGGUGCGGGUGCGGCGCGCUGCCGCACCAUCUACGCGCAGCGCCGCUCGGGGACACGCUGCACCGCUUCUCCGCUGACAUCUUAGUUAUUGAUAAGAAACUUCCAACAGCAAUUAGUCGCUGGGCGCAACUGGCACUUCUUUGUGCUGCGGCUAUCCUUGUGAACGCAAUUAUCGCUCCGUGGACUUUAUUGGCGUCGCUCCCCGCCUUAUUGUGCUACCUGACACUGCAAUCUAUUUAUUUAUGUAACGCCCGUGAGCUCCAGUGCGCGGAGGCUCAUAGUGCAGCAGUGGUGGUAUCCCUGUGCGCGCAGACGUGCGCCGGUGCCAGCACGAUCCGCGCCGGCCGCCUACAGCCGCGCAUGCGCACCAACUACCUGCGCAGCCUCGACACUAACCAUAACACGUUGCUGUUGCUAAACGCAGCCAAUCGCUGGCUUGGACUCACACUGGACCUGGUAGGCGCGGGCUGCGUGUGCGUGGUGCUGGCGGCGUGCCUGCGGAGCGGCGCGGGCGGCGCGGUGGCGGGGCUGGCCGGGGCCUACGCGCUGCUGCUGCCCGCCUACCUGGCGCACCUGGCCAAGUGCCGCGCCGACCUACAUCUACAGCUGGCCGCGCUCGAGCGGGUGCACGCCGACACCUGCGCUCCGCAGGAAGACUACAGAGACGACUGUCCAAUACCAGCCGGAUGGCAGAGAAAUGGCAAGAUUGAAUUUCAGAACGUUAACAUUCAGCACGAACCGGGAUCGACAACGAUAUUAAAAAAUAUCAACCUCACUAUUUCUCCGGGUGAAAAGGUUGCCAUUUGCGGUCGAAGCGGUAGUGGUAAAUCGACGCUACUGUUGAGUUGUGCCGGCGCGACCACAAUCAGCAGCGGCCGUGUGUUGGUGGACGGCGAGGACAUCCGCCGCGUGCCCCUGCGCGCGCUCCGCCACCGCGUCGUGCUCGUGCCGCAGGAGCCCGCCAUGUUCUCCGGGACGCUGCGGGAGAACCUCGACCCCCUCGCCGUGCACACUGAUGAAGAGAUAUGGCACAGUCUGAGGGCAGUCGGACUGUUCGAUUUUGUAUCCAGUCAGCCCGCUGGCUUAGAGUGCAGCGUGUGCAGUAGGUCGGGCGGGGCGGGUUGGAGCGCGGGGCGCGCGGGGCGCGUGGCGGCGGCGCGCGCGCGGCGCUGCACGCGCGGCCGGCGGCGGCGUGCUGCUGGACGAGCCGGCCGCCGCGCUCGACGCCGGCGCAGAGCGCGCGCUGCUCGCCGCACUCGCCGCCGUCGCGCCGCAUACCACCAUCAUCACUGUCGCGCACCGCAUAUCGUCAGUGCGCGGGUACGAGCGCGGCGUGGUGCUGGACAGUGGCCAGGUGGCGGAGCAGGGCGCGGUGGCCGCCCUACUGUCGCAGCCCGCCUCCCGCCUGGCGCGCCUGCUGGCCGCCGCGCAGCGAGACACAUAGCACGUAGCCUCGCACUACUCAAACUAACCAUUUUUACGCUUUAA